CGUUGUGGAGAAAACAAUAAUUUAUGGUUCUCUGGAUGACCUAGUUACUAACUUAAGGACCGCUCUCUAUAAGUUCAAAGUUUAAUGCACUUUAUUAUCAUAAUUUGUAAAUUUUUCUAAUUUACUGAGCUUAAAAAUUCAAUCAUUUGGGCUUAGAUCCGACACGGCCCACUUAAAGUUACUUUGCAGAAUUGAUCACAUGAGGAAUAGUUGUCUUAAAUUUCUCAAAUAAUUAAAAAAGGUUUUUUGACGACUGCCUUUUAUAAGAAGUUAGUUUUAACCUCUGAAGGUGCCUCUGAUAAGUAAGCUUUCUUAUUGCAAUAAGAUGUGUAUUUGUAUUAAAAUUUGUUGGAUCACGUCAAAUCGAUUAUCAUAAGAGAAGAAAAAGUGCAGUCACUAUUAUUCCUCUUUUGCAUUGGAAGCUUGAACUGCACUUUGGAUUUCUUUGAUGAGUUGCAAAAGCCACAUUUAGUCUGACUGAAAAUUUUGGAGAAAAAUCUAAAGAAGAAGAAGUGGAUUGUCUUGGUCAUAUAUAUUUAUAUAAUGCCCAGAUAGCAUUGAGUUGAUUGUAUGGUGAUUUACGUAUCAUUAUUGAUUGUUAUUGGUGAUUGUUUUUUGAUAAAUUUGCCGUUUACAAUAACAAAAUGUACAAGUAUCAAAAAACGCUCAACAAGUUGAUUAAAUAUGAAUUGUGUUGUUUCGUGAUCCCGUUAUGAGUAUACAGUUAACAACAUCAAAAUAUUUCUUUUUGUGACAAAAUAAUGCAUGCAUUUCUCACUUCCAUAUAUGUAGUUCAUCUCCAAAGCAACAGCUCUCUAGUGCGUGAAAUAAAUAAAAUAAAACAUAAUUUGAAAGUAAUUAAUUAAAAUAGCUUAAUAAUUCAUUAUUUUUGAAUUUGCCAAUUAAAGUAAUAAAAAUUAAUUAUUUUAUAAUGUCAGCCACUCAAAUAAAAAGAAAAGCUAGAAAGGAAGCUAAAAAAAUUAUAAAUUCAAAGUUGUUGCAUAGUGAUUCAAGUGUUGAAGUUCAAUUUCAAGACCAUGAUGAAAAUGAUGUAACCUAUGAUCUGCGUUCAGAGCUUAGCAAAUGGGCGUCAGACUUCGGAAUAAAUUUUGUGGCAUUUAAUGCUUUAAUGUGUGUGCUAAACAAAAGCAACAUAAAAGUUCCCAAAGAAUCUAGGACAGUUUUACAAACACCGGCUGAAGUGGUCAAGCGAAAUGUGGGAGAUGGGAUUUAUGUACAUUAUGGUCUAAAGAAUGCGUUGACAGACUUCUUAGUAUUAAAUGAUUUCCGUCUUCCAAAUAUAAUGCUUGAUUUCGGCAUUGAUGGUCUGCCACUGUUCAAGAGCAGCUCGAAGCAAGUUUGGCCAAUAUUAGGCAGUAUUGUCAAUGUGGACUAUGUUUUCAUUGUAGGAAUAUUUGAAGGCAAUUCAAAACCGCACUGCUGAACUUAUUUUUUAAGUGAAUUUAUUUCUGAACUUAAAGUCCUGCAACAGGAGGGUCUCGUUUUUGCAACAAAAUUUUUUAACGUGGCGGUCCGAUGUUUUGUAAUGGAUGCGCCCGCUAAGUCUUUUGUGUUAGGUAUUAAAGGCCACACUGGGUACUAUUCAUGUGUACGUUGCACCCAAAAAGGUGAAAUAGUAAAACAUCGCCUCGUUUUCCCCGAAACUCAAAACUUAGUUGCGAGAACAAAUGAAAUCGUCCAAAUCUAGAUUAGAAAAUUUAAAUAUAGACAUUAUUCAUCAAUGUUGUUUGGAUUAUAUGCAUGUAGCUUGCUUGGGGGUUAUGAGAACGAUUUUGAACGCAUGGGUUAAGAAAAGAGGUGAACAUUACUCCUUGCCUUUGUAUAAAGCAGAAGUACUUUCAACAUAAUUUCUGCCUCGUUGUGAAUACAGUUAUCCAAAUUAUAAAAAUCAUUAAUUCCAAUAAUGUUCCACUUUUCACCGGUCUUGUCUUGAAAAAUUUAACACCUUACUUUUGCACACCUAAAAGUUCAUAUAAAUUUAACUUGUAUUAUGUGGCUGGCAUUCAGUACGAUAGGGAAAUUGAAUUUACAAAAGAAAAAAUAACUUCCAAGAUUAUAUGUUUGAAUGAAUCUUCUAGAAGUGGAUUUUAUUUCACACCACUAAUUAACUGAUUGACAUCAUGAGCUCUAUAAAUAAUUAUGGAUAUGAACCUAACAGCAGCCAAAUAAUAUAUCAAAAUCUAGACAGCACAGACCAACAGUCUCUUAAAAAUUUAAUAGCGGAGUUGACGAUGGAAGUGCGGGCUUUAAAGACAGAAGUGAAGGAGCUAAAGGAAGAAAGCAAAAGAAAUUUGUUGAAGCUGACAGAGGAAGUUAUUGCGGUCAAAUUGGAAAACAGGGGAAAACCCUCUGAAAGUCAAAGCCCACAAUUCGACCAACUACCAUUUUACCAUAAGAAGGAUCUUGACGAUUUCGAAGCACAGCUUUUACAAAAGCCAGAGUUGUUGGAGAAAUUUAAACUAUAUAUUAAGAAGACUGGGGGUGAAGCGUCAACCCCUUUCCUAAGAGCAGCAAUCAGGCGUAUUUUUUCAGACGAGUUGGCAAUGUCUUUUUCGUGGAGGGGCACGGCAGAUAAGCCAAGCGCGGAAAAAUGUUUAGUUACAACAAUAAUAAAAAAUAUUUGCCAUGAAAUGUUUCAAGUGGACGAAAAAGCCGUUAGAUCAACGCUACAAAAACAUUUCGUUUAUGCAAACGAAAGAGUAAAAAAACGCCGUCUACCUUUGGCUGACAAUAAAUGAUUGUAUUGGGCUGUAAGGAAAAACAUGUUAAUGAAUUAAUUAUAUUUUAAAUUAAUUAUAUUUUAAAUAAAUUCAUUAACAUGUUUUUCCUUACAGCUCAAUACAAUCAUUUAUUUUCAGCCAAAGGUAGACGGCGUUUUUUUACUGACUGGAAAAAACAAUCGAAAUUUAUAAGAAAAUGACUGUAAAUUGACUGAAAAUUGACUAGAAAUUCAUUGA